UGACAGAGACCUGGUAUCCGAGUCAGUAAAGGAUAGUGAGAUCGAUGUGCCUGGGAACAGCGUCUUCCGCUGCGACCAUAUUAAUAGGAUACAUGGAGGUGUCUUGGUGUAUGCCACUGACGGCUUAGUAGUAUCAAUUCUAGAACGCGCACGCACCGAAGACAACCGUGUGGAACAACUCUGGUUGUCGGUCAAGGCCGCUACUGGUGCAACUACAACCGUGAGUGUUAUAUACCGAAGCCCUCAAGCUAACGGUAUCAACUGGCUGACUACAGUCAAAAAGUAUGCCAGAAGGUCGCGGGUCUGUAUUGUAGGCCCUGCCUCUGAAACGGAGAACGCUUUGUUAGAAAUGGCAAACGAAGCCCAUCUUGUACAACACGUUGUCCAGCCUACGCGGAUAGCUGACUCAAGUAUGACCUCCUGUAUGGACUUGAUAUUUACAAAUGGCCACACAAAAGUAUCUGAUGUUCGGGUUUCCGCACCCCUAGGCACCAGUGAUCAUGCUACUAUCUUCGCAGCACUCCACAUAACAGGAUCGCCGUCAACGCGUAGAUGCUACAAACCGGCAUACUGGAAGGCUGACUACAAUGAAAUGAGGCAGAGCGCUAUGAACCUAUCCUGGGAACUGAGUAGCUCGGCCAAUGUAGAAGAACGCUGGAUAAUGAUCCGUGGAAAGGCCAGAAACUAUGCCUACAAAGCCUUCAUGAUCCUGAAAACUACAUAG